GCGAAUUCUCGCCCCCGCGCGGCCGUUGCCGAGGAGACGGCGCAGUCUCACGGCGCGUUGCCCCCUCUGCAGUCCCCCCGCCCCUCUUCUCCCACCACAAUGAGAUCCUAAGAUGGCGGUGGCUGCGGCGGUUGGCGCCGACUAGCUAAGGUAGAGAAGGCGGCCAUUGGGCCCUAGGCAGCCAGGGAACUUGUGGGCGCUCCCUGCUCUGGUCUCUGAGGGAGGACCCCUGCCGGUGGCGGGUCGCAGGGCCUGGCCGCCACUCCACCCUUGGCAGGAGGGGCUGCUUCGUUUACAGGUCUGUGUCAUGUGCCUUAUGAGUAACGGAUCGUAAUUUGGCGCUGGAAGAAGCGGGCUUUCUGGGCGCCCCUAUCACCCCCGCCUCAUAACUACUUUCCAGACUCCGCCUUCUGGUAUUCUCUGGUUACCGGAGUGGGUGUUAGAGAGCUUCGCGUGCACCUGCUCUUUUCUUUCCCUAUCACCUUCCCGGUGAGAGUCCUGGAAACCAUUAUAAGGAGUUUUUGAACAGAAGCAGGCAACAGCUUUGAAGUGUGAAGCAGAGAAGGAGCCGUUUCUGAGCUUUAAAACUAGUUUUAAACAGGUGCUUGACCAUCUUAAGUAUGGAGAAGAAAUUGAGAAAUUCCUCAAAUGAAACUGAUUAAACAACACAUAAUACCAAAUACUUAAGCAUUUUCUUCUCCGUUUCCAUUAAAAGUGCUUAGUACAAUUGGAUACUGUAUGAAGACUUUCAGAACAGUGUACCAGAAAAUUAAUUGGUAAAGCUAGGAUGGCUACAGGAGGAGGUCCUUUUGAAGAAGGCAUGAAUGAUCAGGAGGUAGCAAACUGGAGCACUGAAGGUGUUGAUGACCGACUUAACAAUAUGGAUUGGGGUGGCCAACAGAAGAAAGCAAAUAGAUCAUCAGAAAAGAAUAAGAAAAAGUUUGGUGUAGAAAGUGAUAAAAGAGUAACUAAUGAUAUUUCUCCGGAGUCAUCACCAGGAGUUGGAAGGCGAAGAACAAAGACUCCACAUACGUUUCCACAUAGUAGAUAUGUGACUCAGAUGUCUGUUCCAGAGCAGGCAGAACUAGAGAAACUCAAACAGCGGAUAAACUUCAGUGAUUUAGAUCAGAGAAGCAUUGGAAGUGAUUCUCAAGGUAGAGCAACAGCUGCCAACAACAAACGUCAGCUUGGUGAAAACCGAAAGCCCUUCAACUUUUUGCCGAUGCAGAUUAAUACUAACAAGAGUAAAGAGGCUGCUGUAAGUCCUCCAAAGAGAGAAGUGAUUGGAUCAGCACAAUGUAAAGAGUUGUUUGCCUCCGCUUUAAGUAAUGACCUUUUGCAAAACUGUCAAGUCUCUGAAGAAGAUGGAAGAGGAGAGCCUGCAAUGGAGAGCAGCCAGAUUGUAAGCAGGCUUGUUCAGAUUCGUGAUUAUAUUACUAAAGCUAGUUCCAUGCGGGAAGAUCUUGUAGAGAAAAAUGAAAGAUCUGCUAAUGUUGAGCGCCUUACUCAUCUAAUAGAUCACCUUAAAGAACAAGAAAAGUCAUAUAUGAAAUUUCUCCAAAAAAUCCUUGCUAGAGAAAAUGAGGAGGAGGAUGUUCGGACUAUAGAUUCAGCUGUGGGAUCUGGUUCUGUAGCUGAGAGCACAUCGCUAAACAUAGAUGUGCAGUCUGAGGCUUCAGAUACCACGGCCAGAGAUCCUCAGCAGGAACCUAUGGAAGAGAUAGAAAAUUUGAAGAAACAGCAUGACUUAUUAAAAAGGAUGUUACAGCAGCAGGAGCAGCUGCGAGCCCUGCAGGGACGACAGGCCGCUCUUCUCGCUCUGCAGCACAAAGCCGAGCAAGCUAUCGCUGUGAUGGACGAUUCUGUUGUAACAGAAACAGCAGGUAGCCUAUCUGGAGUUAGUAUCACGUCUGAACUAAAUGAGGAAUUGAAUGACUUGAUUCAGCGUUUUCAUAAUCAGCUUCGUGAUUCUCAGCCUCCAACUGUUCCAGACAAUAGAAGACAGGCAGAAAGUCUUUCAUUAACUAGGGAGGUUUCCCAGAGCAGGAAUCCAUCUGUUUCAGAACACUUACCUGAUGAGAAAGUACAGCUUUUUAGCAAAAUGAGAGUAUUACAGGAAAAGAAACAAAAAAUGGACAAACUGCUUGGAGAACUUCAUACACUUCGAGAUCAGCAUCUGAACAACUCAUCAUUUGUGCCUUCCUCAGCUUCUCCACAGAGAAGUGUGGAUCAGAGAAGCACAGCUGUGGCUCCCUCUGCCCCCACCGGCUUAGCACCAGUCAGUGGAGAAGCCAGUAGCCUCACGUCAUCUGUUCCUUAUCCUGUUACUUCUCUAGCUGCUCAGAAUGAGAGUGAAAAUGAAGGACAUCUGAAUCCAACCGAAAAACUCCAGAAGUUAAAUGAAGUUCGAAAGAGAUUGAAUGAACUAAGAGAAUUAGUCCAUUAUUAUGAACAAACAUCAGAUAUGAUGACAGAUGCUGUAAAUGAAAACACAAAAGAUGAAGAAACUGAAGAGUCAGAGUAUGAUUCUGAACAUGAAAACUCUGAGCCUGUUACUAACCUUCGAAAUCCACAAGUAGCUGCCACUUGGAAUGAAGUAAAUAGUAAUUCUAAUGCACAGUGUGUUUCUAAUAAUAGAGAGGGGAGAUCAGGCAAUUCUAAUUGUGAAAUUAACAACAGAUCUGCUACCAACAUAAGGGCUCUAAACAUGCCUCCUUUAGAUUGUCACUAUAAUAGAGAAGGAGAACAGGGGAUUCAUGUUGCACAAGGUGAAGAUGAUGAGGAAGAGGAGGAAGAAGCAGAAGAUGAGGGAGUCAGUGGGGCUUCGUUAACUAGUCAUAGGAGCAGUCUGGUUGAUGAGGCUCCAGAAGAUGCUGAAUUUGAACAGAAGAUCAAUAGACUUAUGGCUGCAAAACAGAAACUUAGACAGUUACAAGAUCUUGUUGCUAUGGUACAGGAUGAUGAUGCAACAGAUCAAGGGGUUAUCUCUGCCAAUACUUCAAAUUUGGAUGAUUUCUACCCAGCAGAAGAAGGCAACAAACAGAAUGCAAAUAACACUAGAGGAAAUACCAAUAAAAUACAGAAAGAUGCUGGAAUAAAUGAAAAGGCAAGAGAGAAAUUUUAUGAGGCUAAACUACAGCAGCAACAGAGAGAGCUCAAACAUUUGCAGGAAGAAAGAAGGAAGCUGAUUGGGAUUCAAGAGAAAAUUCAAGCAUUGCAAAAGGCAUGUCCUGACCUACAGCUGUCAGCCACUAGUGCGGGUAAUUGUCCCACAAAAAAAUAUAUCCCAGCUGUUACUUCAACCCCAGCUGUUAAUGGAAAUGAAACCAGUACAAGCAAAUCUGGUUUUGAGCCUGAAGAUCCUUCAGUAGUAGAUAAUGAGCUGUGGUCAGAGAUGCGAAGACAUGAGAUGUUAAGGGAAGAGCUAAGACAGAGAAGAAAGCAGCUUGAAGCUCUGAUGGCUGAACAUCAGAGGAGGCAAGGUCUAGCUGAAACUACAUCUCCAGUGGCUAUUUCAUUGAGAAGUGAUGGAUCUGAGAACCUGUGUACGCCUCAGCAGAGUAGAACGGAAAAAACAAUGGCAACUUGGGGAGGUUCUACUCAGUGUGCACUAGAUGAAGAAGGAGAUGAAGAUGGUUACCUUUCUGAAGGAAUUGUUCGGACAGAUGAAGAGGAGGAAGAAGAAGAGCAAGAUGCCAGUUCCAAUGAUAACUUUUCAAUGUAUCCUCCUAACAGUGUGAAUCAAAACUCUUAUAAUGUAAAAGAAACUAAGAAUAGGUGGAAGAACAGUCGCCCUUUUUCAGCAGAUGGAAAUUAUCGUCCUUUAGCCAAGACAAGACAGCAGAAUAUCAGCAUGCAGCGCCAAGAAAACCUUCGUUGGGUGUCGGAACUCUCUUAUGUGGAGGAGAAAGAACAAUGGCAAGAACAAAUCAAUCAGCUAAAGAAACAACUGGAUUUCAGUGUCAAUAUUUGUCAGACUUUGAUGCAAGACCAGCAGACAUUAUCUUGCCUGCUACAAACUCUUCUCACGGGUCCCUACAGUGUCAUGCCCAGCAAUGUUGCGUCUCCUCAAGUACACCUUAUAAUGCACCAGUUGAACCAGUGCUAUACUCAGCUGACGUGGCAACAGAAUAACGUGCAAAGGUUGAAACAAAUGCUAAAUGAACUUAUGCGCCAACAAACUCAGCACCCAGAAAAACCCGGAAGCCAGGAAAGAAGCAGUGGUGCAUCUCACACCUCUUCUCCCAGUUUAUUUUGUCCUUUCAGCUUUCCCUCACAGCCUGUAAAUCUGUUUAACCUACCUGGGUUUACUAAUUUUUCAUCGUUUGCACCGGGUAUGAAUUUCAGCCCUUUAUUUCCUUCUAAUUUUGGAGAUUUUUCUCAGAAUAUUUCGACACCCACUGAACAACAGCAACCAUUAGCCCAGAAUUCUUCAGGGAAAACAGAAUAUAUGGCUUUUCCAAAACCUUUUGAAAGCAAUUCUUCUAUUGGAGCAGAAAAACAAAGGAAUCAAAAACAGCCCGAAGAGGAGGUGGAAAACAGUAGGACACCAUGGUUAUAUGACCAGGAAGGUGAAGUAGAAAAACCAUUUAUCAAGACUGGAUUUCCAGUGCCUGUAGAGAAAACUACAAAUAGUAAUCGCAAAAAUCAGUUAGAUACCAGCCGGAGAAGACGCCAGUUUGAUGAAGAGUCUUUAGAAAGCUUUAGCAGUAUGCCUGAUCCAGUAGAUCCAACCACAGUAACUAAAACAUUCAAGGCAAGAAAAGCAUCUGCACAGGCCAGCCUGGCAUCUAAAGAUAAAACUCCCAAGUCAAAGAAUAAGAAAAGGCAUUCUACCCAGCUGAAAAGCAGAGUUAAAAAUAUUGGGUAUGAAAGUGCCAGUAUGUCUAGCACAUGUGAACCUUGCAAAAGUAGGAACAGACAUUCAGCCCAGACUGAAGAGCCUGUUCAAGCAAAAGUAUUCAGCAGAAAGAAUCAUGAGCAGCUGGAAAAAAUAAUAAAAUAUAGUAGGUCUACAGAAAUAUCUUCAGCACAUGCUAGGAGAGUGCUACAGCAGUCUAACAGAAAUGCAUGCAAUGAAGCGCCAGAAACUGGGAGUGAUUUUUCCAUGUUUGAAGCUUUGCGGGAUACCAUUUAUUCUGAAGUAGCUACAUUAAUUUCUCAAAAUGAAUCUCGUCCACAUUUUCUUAUUGAACUCUUCCAUGAGCUUCAGCUACUUAAUACAGACUAUUUGAGACAGAGGGCUUUAUAUGCAUUGCAGGACAUAGUAUCCAGACAUAUUUCUGAGAACCAUGAAAAAGAAGGGGAAAAUGUAAAGUCAGUGAAUUCUGGUACUUGGAUAGCCUCAAACUCAGAACUUACCCCCAGUGAAAGCCUUGCUACCACUGAUGAUGAAACUUUUGAGAAGAACUUUGAAAGAGAAACACAUAAAAUACGUGAGCAAAAUGAUGCUGAUAAUGCUAGCGUCAUGUCUGUAUCUUCAAAUUUUGAGCCAUUUGCAACAGAUGAUCUAGGAAACACUGUGAUUCACUUAGAUCAGGCAUUAGCCAGAAUGAGAGAAUAUGAGCGCAUGAAGACAGAGGCCGAGAGGAGCACAAACACAAGAUGCACCUGCAGAAUUGUUGAGGAUGAGGACGGUGCUGCCGCCGCGGCUACCGUUCCUAACUUGGAAGAAACUCCCAUUGAAAAUUGUAGUUCACAACAACCUGUAAGCGAAGUUUCUACUGUCCCAUGUCCUAGAAUUGAUACUCAGCAGCUGGACCGGCAAAUUAAAGCCAUUAUGAAAGAAGUCAUUCCUUUUUUGAAGGAGCACAUGGAUGAAGUAUGCUCUUCUCAACUUCUAACUUCAGUGAGACGCAUGGUUUUGACCCUUACCCAGCAAAAUGAUGAGAGCAAAGAGUUUGUGAAGUUCUUCCAUAAACAGCUUGGAAGUAUAUUACAGGAUUCACUGGCAAAAUUUGCUGGCAGAAAACUCAAAGACUGUGGAGAAGAUCUUCUUGUAGAAAUAUCUGAAGUGUUGUUUAAUGAAUUGGCUUUCUUUAAGCUCAUGCAAGAUUUGGAUAAUAAUAGUAUAACUGUUAAACAGAGAUGCAAAAGGAAAAUAGAAGCAGCCGGAGUGAUACAGUCUUAUGCCAAAGAGGCCAAAAGGAUUCUUGAAGGAGAUCAUGGCUCACCUGCUGGAGAAAUUGAUGAUGAAGACAAAGACAAGGAUGAGACCGAAACAGUUAAGCAGACUCAAACAUCUGAGAUGUAUGAUGGUGACGGUCCCAAAAACGUGAGAUCUGAUGUUUCUGAACAAGAGGAAGAUGAAGAAAGUGAAGAAUGUCCGGUGUCUAUUAACUUAUCCAAAGCUGAAACUCAGGCUUUGACGAAUUACGGAAGUGGAGAAGAUGAGAAUGAAGAUGAAGAGAUAGAAGAAUUUGAGGAGGGACCUGUAGAUGUUCAGACUUCACUUCAGGCCAACACUGAAACCGCGGAAGAAACUGAACACGACGAUCAGGUACUACAGCAUGACUUUGAAAAAUCAGGAGAAAGCAAAAAUGUCCCAUCAGAACAAGAACCCACUACUAGUAAAGAUGACCAAGAUAGCACUCCUGUGAAACCCUGUUACCUCAACAUCUUGGAAAAUGAGCAACCUUUAAAUAGCGCCAUCCAAAAGGACUCUCUUACUACCAUUGAUUCAUCUAAACAGCCUAACCCUUUGCCUUUACCUUUAACUGAAAUUGAAACCUUGGUGCCUGCAGUCAAAGAAGUUAAAUCUGCCCAGGAAACUCCUGAAAGCUCUUUGGCCGGAAGUCCUGACACUGAAUCUCCAGUGUUAGUGAAUGACUAUGAAGCAGAGUCUGGUAACAUAAGUCAAAAAUCUGAUGAAGAAGACUUCGUGAAAGUUGAAGAUUUACCACUUAAACUGACAAUAUAUUCAGAGGCAGACCUAAGGAAGAAAAUGGUAGAGGAAGAACAGAAAAACCAUUUAUCUGGUGAAAUAUUAUGUGAAAUGCAGACUGAAGAAUUAGCUGGGAAUUCUCAGACACUAAAAGAACCUGUCUUCACAGCAUCUUCCCCAGGAGUAGAUUGUCUCUCCAGGAACCACUGUCUGUGCUCAUCCAUAAGAAGCAAUCCCUCAUCCAUUCAAGUGUUAUGAGAAUGCAGCAGUUCAGUCACAUCAUCAAGCUAAUUCUAAUUCUCUUAUUUCUACCACAUCUGCAGUUACUUCCUCCACGGAAGUCUGGAACCUUCAUAGUCGUCCUUGAGUGUUGGCAUCCACUUCUUUUAAACUCCUGUUAACAUUGAUAUUUUGACCUCUCCCCACGAAUCACAAAUGUUCUUCGUGGCAUCUAGAAUGGUGAAUCCUUUCCAGGUUUAGUUUACGUUGCCCACAUCCACUUCAGGAAUCACUCUGUGGCAGCUACAGCCGUACAAAAGGUAUUUCUUCAAAAGUAAGAUUCUAAAGUCAAAAAUACACCUUGAUCCAUGGGGUGCAGAAAGGAUGUUGUGUUAGCAUGCAUGAAAACAACAUAAAUCAUGUACGUCGCCAUCAGAGUUCUUUGGUACAAUGUUAAUGAGCAGUAAUAUUUUGAAAGAAAUUUUUUUUUCUGAGCUGUUAGGUGUCCAUCAUGGGCUUAAAACAGUAAACCAUGUUGCCAACAGAUGUGCUUUGUUUACAGAAUGGCCUGUGGGCAUUGGCUUCAACUUAAAAUCACCAGCUUCGAUAGCCCCUAACAGAGUCAGCCUGUUCUUUAAACUCUGAAGCUAGGCAUUGACUUCUCUCUAGCUAUGAAUGUCUUGGAUGGCAUCUUCUUCCAAAAGAAGGCUACUUGACCUGCACUGAAAAUUUGUCGUUUAGGGGCACCUGCGUGGCUCAGUCGGUUGAGUGUGCGACUUGGUUUCCGCUCAGGUCAUGAUCCCAGGGUUGUGGGAUCAAGCCCCACAUCAGGCUCCUUAAGAUUUCCUCUCUCCCUCUGCCCCUCUUGCCCACUCGCACGUUCUCUCUCAAUUAAAAAAAUAUAUAUAUUGUUUAGACACCUGCAUCAGUUACCUGGAUAACUUGCUACAUCUUCUACAUCAGCACUUGCCACUUCAUCCUGCACUUUUAUAUUAUGGAGAAGGCUUCUUUCCUUAAAUCUCAUGAACCAAUCUCUGCCAGGUUUCUACUUUCCUGUUGAAGCUUCCUCACCUCUCUGAGCCUUCACAGGAUUGAAAAGAGUUAGGGCCUUGCUCUAGAUUAAGCUUUUGCUUAAGGGAAUGCUGUGGUUGGUUUGAUGAUCUAUCCAGACCACUCAAACUUUCUCCCUAUCACCAAUAAGGCUGUCUCGCUUUAUCAUUCAUGUGUUCACCAGAAUGCCACUUUCAGUUUCCUUCAAGAACUUACUUGCAUUCACAACCUGGCCUGCCCGUUUGGCGUAAGAGGGCCAGCUUUCAGUCUUUCUUGGCUUUCUAUGUGCCUUCCUCAGCGAGCUGCGUCAUUGUGAGCUUCUGAUUUAAAAUGACAGACACAGCAACCUACUUAAUGGGAGAUUUGUCAAUGACGUAACCAAUAAAGAGUUAAUAUCCAAAAUAUAUGUAGAAUUCCUAAAACCCAAUAGCAAAAAAAAAAGAUUAAAAAUGUGUAGACGAUCCGAAAAGACAUUUUUCCAAAACAGACAUACAGAUGCUCAGCAUCACUAAUGACAGAAAUGCAAAUAAAAACCACAAUGAGAUAGCACUUCACACUAGUCAAAGUGACUAGUAUCAGAAAGGCAAGAUGUAACGUGUUGGCAACCAUGUGUAGCAAAGGGAACCCUCACGCACUGCUGAGAAUGCAAACUAGUGUACCCGCUGUGGAAAACACUGGAAAAAUUAAAACAUGACCCAAUAAUUCUGCUACUGGCUAUUUACCCAAAGAACAAGAAAAAGAAAACACUAAUUCAAAAAGAUACAUGCACCCCUAUGUUUACUGCAGUAUCAUUUACAAUAAGCUAACAUAUGGAAACAACAAAGUAUCCAUUGAUAGAUGAAGAUGUGGUGUAUGCAUGUAUAUAAAACGGAGUAUUACCCAGCUGUAAAAAAGAAUGAGAUCUUAACAUUUGCAACAACAGGGAUGAACCUAGAGGGUAUUCUGCUAAGUGGAAUAAGAGAAAGAUAAAUACCAUGUGAUUUCAUUCAUACGUGGAAUCUAAAAAAAAAAACCCCGCCCCCCAGAUUUGUACAUAUAGAGAACCUGUGGCUGCUAGAGAAGGUGGGGGUGGUGGGGAACUAAGGGGAUUAUAAGAGGUACAGACUUUCCAAGGAAAAAAGAAAGAGAUGUAUGGUUUACCUUGCAUUGGAACCCUUAGAAGCCACUGUAAAGUUAUUAAGUGGGCUGGGGCGCCUGGGUGGCUCAGUCCGUUAAGUGUCUGGACUUCAGCUCAGGUCAUGAUCUUAUGGUUCGUGGGUUCGAGCCCUGAGUCGGGCUCUGUGCCGCUGAACACUCUGGUCAGAGCCUGGAGCCUGCUUUGGAUUGUGUGUCUCCUCUCUGCCCCUUCCCCGCUCAAGCUCUGUCUCCGUCUGUCUCACAAAAAUAAAUCAAUGUAAUAAACAAGUUAUUAAGUGGCCUAA